AUGAUCCUAGAUGCCGUCUACCGAGACGAAGCCCAAUUAAAAUUGCACAAAUACAUGAACUCACGAAAACAGUUUCACGAUCCGAACGAGACGUUCUUCGUUUCUCCUCAUAGAAAUGUUGAAAGUGUCAUACUCGAAAACACUUUUGAACCUACGCAGACCUGGGAACAGAUUGUGUCUAAUAACCGAAACCUACCGCCUAGUGCCGGGUCAAUAGUGGAGUUCUUCGAUGCUGAAAACGAUAGAAAUUGUCUUGGUAUAGUGGUCAAAGAGCUGCAAUCAAAAUUCAACGAAAGCCAUAAUAAGCUCAUCGUCCUCACGCUGAAGAACGAACUCACAAGAGUGUAUCCACAGAAUAUCAACUUCAAUGCUUUUCAGGUGUUAGAUGCUGAGUGGAUUCACUCAUUGGACAUUUUGUACCAUCGUUUUGAUGAGGAGUAUUCCAUGCGGCUUGAGUUGGGCGAAAUUCUUCAUCUGUUCAUGGAUAAGACGAGAGAUUAUCAAGGUCUGGUUCAAAAAGAACUCCGAAAAGUGUAUGCCAAUUUGGCCUCUCAAGACAACGCCAACGCGACGAGCUUGUUGGCUGUAGUGAGGCAGAUGAAUUCAUUCCAUUUGAAAAGCUACUUUGACCAAAGUGCACUUCUCAUGGCCAUCCAUUUGGAAAUGUCUCGCGACGCUUCUCGCUGGAUCGUCCUGCUGUGUCUUCCGAAGCACACCACCAACUUAUCAUUCUUGCACUGUUCAAACGAGUUACCACCUGAAACAAUCUACUUUGGCAAUUCUCUCACCAACAACGACUCGGUAACACACUUUUUGGAUUAUGACGACGCCAAACUUGAUGAACUAAACACAUUCCUUUUAUCUCUCAUUGAACAUCCAAGAGACUAUGACGACCUCACCCUUUUGCUCAAUAUCUGGCAGGGGAAGGACUUUUUGCAUGCUUUCAAAGCGAUGACUUUUGCAUUAUUCUACCCUCACACAUCACUCAUGGAGAAAUUUGCCAAGGUUAAGAUAUUUCAGAGUAAAGACAGAGUCAGAAUAAAAGACCUCCAAGAUCUCUUCCGCAAGAUUGGUCUUUAUGAUUGCUCCAAGAAUCCAUUGACUGACAUUGUAAUAUCUGCGAACAUAUUUGGAAAGCCUUCUUUGGACCAACUAGCGGUCUCUUCUCCAAAAGAUUUGCGCCCGUCUCCCCUAGAGCUACGUUCUGCCCGAAUGCUCUCCGCUGGUGAGCUUGAUGACAAAUUCAGACACUUGCGAAACUCAAAGAAAUACUACCAGGAUCACGUAAUCUAUGUGCUUCCGUCCAACCAAAGCUACUCGUACAUCGGUGUAUCUUUGGAGAAAAUAAAUGCUAGAAAGUACCUCAUCAACGUCCAUGUCCCUGAUGUGGCAGCAAGAAUCCCGCCAGGGAGUACCUUUUUUGAAGAGCUUGCUAGUUACAACUUCUCGUUAGAAUCACUAAAGGGCCUUAUAGAUAGGGGACUGAUUGAGAUUCUUGCAAAGAAUGUGAGAGAUGAGCUUUCAUUGAGAACUCAAGGACUUGCGAAGAGCGGUGAACUUUUCAGAGUAGGAGAUUUCGAAAACACGAGAAUAAGAGAUCACAAGAGCAAAACGUGCAUGACCUUAUCUUUCGAGUAUAACACCUUUGCCCUGUCACCAUUGAAAGAGCUUGGAAAUCUCGUGACUGUGACAUUCGACAGAAUCAAUAACGUGAAAGUCAAGGAGCUAACCUGGGAAGCUCUUGAUGAUAUCCUUGCUGGCCGUCUCGAAUCUGGUAUUUUGAAUCCAUUCAAGCUCUUCAACAGGUUUAAAGAAGCAGAAGAACAAAAACCAGAUGUCUCCAUAGAUGAGCAUGAUAUUCUGAAUCUUGGAUUUAUUUAUAAUGUGAUGAAGACUCAUUUCAGCAUGAGGAACUCAAGAUGUGCCUCGGCGCCCCCACCUUCUAAUCUCAAAAGGGUGGUGUCUAGGGCUCUCAGCUAUGAGAAAAAGGAAGAGCUCGAAGUGAUGAAGACAACUUUGACGCUUCCUACCGUCAGAGAGGCUGCGAGGUUAUCACGGGCUCUUUUCUUCACAGAUGAGGUUCAAACAUUUCUUGAAUCCCUGGUUGCCUCUUACUGCAACAGAGAGGCCAUACCAGUAUUAGCAAGGCAUGAUGGAUUGCUUGAACCAAGUGAUAAAUUCUCCACUUUGGACGAAGCUGCAUCUAAAGCUGAUGAAGUACUUGUGUCACACAACAACAAGCUUCUACCGAAUUACUACUGCAGCUCAUAUUAUCAGGCUAUCAUGGCGAAAGACAGACAUGGUUACGUUUCUUUGCCAGCUUUCUUCAUCGGGAAUAACUAUUUAGGAAAACAGACUCUUGUUACUAGCAACGAGAGUCCUUACCUGCUCACAAAGGGCUUGCCCAUGGGACGAGUCAUCGUUGCCAGUGCUAUAGGCAGCGUUGAAGCUUACCUAAAUCAACUCCAGAUCUUAGCACACUUGCAUCUACAAGAAACUGCCGGCUCUACAUACUUGAAACUGGUUAUUAAGACUUCUCACUUAAAAGCUUCUGGGUAUCCCGUUCACGGGCCGCUUUCAGCAAAGUUUUUGGCUAGUCAAAUAACAAGACUCCGAGACACAAAGCUUGGAAAUCGGUCUCUUGUGGAGGCACAUACCCGGUUCUGGAAGCUCAGGUACCUUGAACAAGAGCUUAUGGCUAACGCCGAGGACGAGGCAUUCAACUUGUCUUGUGUGGUCACAAGCAUCGGUCACGAAAUCGACUCAGAAACGAAGUUGGCCAGAGCCUGGUGUUUGGAACUAGCCAUGGAGGUGGAUAUGCUAAUCCAUCCAUACAGCGACUUAACUAUGGGGUCUACUGCCACAGUAGACAAAGUGCUCUACAUCGACGCUGCCGAGGGCCAGUGCAUUGUGAGGUGUCAGGACGACUAUUAA